UUGCCCAACACUGAACGUAUGAUUUAACAUAAAUAAUAUCAUAACUCAAAAAUUGUGUAAAUAGCAAGCACCACGCUAUAUGCUGGUGUGCUGGAAUUACGGGCAGGUUCCCUGCUGCUCACCGCUUACAUAAUGUCCGUGUCACUGGCCCUGGGCGUGGGACAAGCUGCCAAACUGAAGAUUCUGGCGUCAAGUUCAAGGCAAUGGCAAUGGAUGUCGCUGCGGCGGUCGUUGAAUCAAGACUUGACAACUGCCCUACGACCGUUCUACUUUGCCGUACAUCCGGACUUCUUUGCGCAGCAUCCCGAGCAGCGAAACACCAACGAAAACUCGCUGAAAUUGCUGAGCGAACAUCUCGAAUCUUUGUAUGAGCGCCGGCCGCAACGGAGUGCCGAUGGCCAAGUGCUCAAGUUCUAUGUGCGCGCCAGUGCGGACGCCGACAAGCGGGACUCCUUCAGGCUAAUUCAGAUCCGCACAGACUGGCAGAGCACCCGGGAUCCAAAGACAUUCAUCCAGAGCCUGCUGGAGUCGUGCAAUCUGUCAACGGAUUAUGUGCGGACCAUAAGGGCACAGCCGGAACCACCAAAGAGCUCGGAAACGAGCAUGGCCUACAAGCCGGGCCAGGACUACCACUACGACAAGGAGUUCUCCGAGUUCGAAUCCCAAGCGAGGAAUGAGCGGGCAAGCAUGCGUCCUGUACUGACCACCUGGCUGGAGGAGAACGCGGACAAGGCCAAGCAGCGGGCCAAGGAAACGGCCGAUUUGCAGGCGGAGAUUAACAAGCUGCAAAAGGUGCUGGUGGAGAAGCUGAAGCUGCGAGAUGCACGCUACGAAUGCGGCUGGAACAUCGAGCACUAUCGCGGCUGCCUGAAGACGCUGGAGCGUCUGGCCAACACCCACCUGGCGGAGAUGGCGCCGCUGCGGGAUCGCAUUGUGGUCUUUGCGCCCUUCACGGGCAUCAGCCUGGAGGGACAUGUCAUGCUGUUUACCGGGGAUGUGCUGAACAAUUGGAUUGACUUCAUCAAGAACAUUCCGCAUCACGACACAUACCUCAAGGUGGUGCCCAUCUACGAGCAGACCCUCUCGCAGGUGCUGCGCGGCAUUCAGAUUGGACGACGCAAGUUCAUGCCAAAGCAGCAGGCCCGCGGCUAUGCCAACUACCUCAUGAAAGUCACUACAUCGCUGGGCGACUAUUUGGGCAAGCAGAAGUACCCAAAGAACUGGCCAGAAACGCUGCACGAAUUCACUAUUGUCGUGGAAUCAGAGGCGGGUCCACUGAUGGUCAGUCCCACGGGUCAAUUCAUCACACCGGCCACCUGUCCGGGCCUCAUACUGGUGGACUUCAUCAGCCAGAAUAUGCAAUCUUCGCGUGAGCUUAUGAACAAGUACGCCGAGGACAAACACAUCGAGCAGCAGCUCAUGGACGAGUGCAUGAGGCAGCUGCAGCUGCAAACGCUCACCAAAGACGAUGCCGUCACGCCCGACAAGAUGAUUGUGGCCCUGCGGGAACUGUCCCAGAUGCAGCUGCCGCAUUUGCAACAGGUGAAGCUGCACAUAACGAACUACUACUCCGUGCUAACCGAUGGCGUUGUGUGCAUACCCUGGGACUUUAUGCAGAGCUAGGCGGCAUCGCUGCAAUCCUCGACGCUCCAGGUGCACUCCGCUCGAUGGGCUGCAAACUCCGAUGCCUUGCGUGUGUAGACGUGCCG